GCGCCCCGCGGGAAGAUGGCGGAGCUCGGCAAGAAGUACUGCGUGUACUGCCUGGCGGAGGUGAGCCCGCUGCGCUUCCGCUGCACCGAGUGCCAGGAUAUCGAACUCUGCCCCGAGUGCUUCUCGGCCGGCGCCGAGAUCGGCCACCACCGCCGCUACCACGGCUACCAGCUGGUGGACGGCGGCCGCUUCACGCUCUGGGGCCCCGAGGCCGAGGGCGGCUGGACCAGCCGCGAGGAGCAGCUGCUGCUGGACGCCAUCGAGCAGUUCGGCUUCGGGAACUGGGAGGACAUGGCUGCGCACGUGGGCGCGUCCCGGACGCCCCAGGAGGUGAUGGAGCACUACGUGAGCAUGUACAUCCACGGCAACCUGGGCAAGGCCUGCAUCCCCGACACCAUCCCCAACCGCGUCACUGACCACACGUGCCCCGGCGGCGGCCCGCUCUCGCCCAGCCUCACCACACCGCUGCCCCCGCUGGACAUCUCGGCGGCCGAGCAGCAGCAGCUGGGGUACAUGCCGCUCCGGGACGACUAUGAGAUCGAGUACGACCAGGAGGCCGAGACGCUCAUCAGCGGGCUGUCGGUAAACUACGACGACGACGACGUGGAGAUCGAGCUGAAGCGCGCCCACGUGGACAUGUAUGUGCGGAAGCUGCGCGAGAGGCAGCGGCGCAAGAACAUCGCCCGCGACUACAACCUGGUGCCGGCCUUCCUGGGCAAGGAUCGCAAGGACAAGGAGAAGGCGGCCAGGCGCAAGGUGGCCAAGGAGGAGAAGGAGCUGCGGCUGCGGCUGCGGCCGCUCUGCCAGUUCCUGUCCUGCAAGGAGCUGGACGACCUGUUUGACAACAUGCACAAGGAGAAGGCCCUGCGGGCCAAGAUCCGGGAGCUGCAGCGGUACCGGCGCAACGGCAUCACCAAGAUGGAGGAGUCGGCCGAGUACGAGGCCGCGCGGCACAAGCGGGAGAAGCGUAAGGAGAACAAGAGCCUGGCCGCCUCCAAGAGGGGCAGGGAGGACGGCCGCGACGGCGAGUUCGCGGCCAUGGAGCACCUGCCCGGCUUCGAGCUGCUGUCGGACCGCGAGAAGGUGCUGUGCAGCUCCCUGAACCUGAGCCCCGCGCGCUACGUCACCGCCAAGACAAUCAUCAUCAAAGACCACCUGCAGAAGCGCCAGGGCGUCCCUGCCAAGAGCCGCCUCCCCAGCUACCUGGACAAGGUCCUCAAGAAGAGGAUUUUGAACUUCCUCACAGAGAGUGGGUGGAUAUCAAGGGAUGCCUCCUGAGGCCG